UAUUAGCUUAAUAAUUAUUGUUGACUCGGCGGCUCGCCGGUAUCUACGUAUUCGUGAAUAUAUUUUACGUGAUAUCCCUAUAAUACAUAGGUACUCGUUUAUAUUUUACUGCACAGUGGUUAUAAUAAUAUCGUAAUUGUAUUAUUUUAGCCAACUAUUAUGUUUAUAAAUUAUAAUUACUUUAUUGUAUUGUUAAAUUCGCUUUUGUAUGUUUUGAAAAUCAAAAAUCAUUGAGUAUUAACGUAAGUAAAGAUUGAAACUCAGCUGUACGAAUAUUUCUAAGCGUCUGUAAUGGGUAUACGAUAUAUUAUGUGAAGGCUUACAGGAAAAAUAUUAUGUUCCUAUAUAUAGAUGAACAAAAUAGUAUAUUAUGUCAACGAGUUAAAACGAAUAAUUAUUAUUAUCGUUUAAGUACCGAUUUUCAUUCAUCUACACACAUAAUAUUAUAUUCAAGCUAUUCAUAGUAAAGAAAUGCCAGUUCGGAUUAUGAUUACAAGAAAUAAAUAAGAUCAUAUUUUUAGUGCAUAUUAACAAAAAAAAUCAAGCAAUAUGUCCAAGAAGGGUGUGUACAGGCAAAUAUAUGUUACCUUAGUCGCGACGUUGUCGAUAUUCAUCAGCGGCAUGUGGCUGGGGUGGCCGAGCUCGGUGGUGGAGAAGUUUGUCAAGCACGAGACGGAUUUCAACGCGACCAUGGACGAGCUGUCGUGGAUCGUGGCCACGAUGGACCUGGGAAACGUGAUCAGCCCGCUGCUGGCCGGCCACCUGAUGGACUGGCUCGGCCGGAAGCCCAGCACCGCAGUGCUCGGGCCGCUGUUCAUGAUCACGUGGGCGCUGGCGCUGUGGGUGCCCACCGCCUGGGCACUGUACACGGCCCGUCUGCUGGCCGGCAUGGGCAAGGGCAUGUCGUACACGGUGGUGCCCGUGUAUCUGGGAGAGAUAGCGUCGCCCACCAUACGCGGGGCCCUGGGCAGUGUGUUCUGCCUUCAGCUGCACUUCGGUUUCCUGCUGGAGGCCAUCGUCGGGCCACUAGUGUCGUACCGCAUGCUGAACGCCAUAUCUGCCGUCGUGCCGAUCCUGUUCUUCGCCACCGUCGUCUGGCUGCCCGAGUCGCCGUACUACCUGUUGAAGCGCGAACGCCGGCCCGAGGCGGCCGAGUGCCUGCAAUGGUUCCGGGGCGGCGGUGACGUGGACCACGAACUGGACCGGAUGGCGGUGAACGUGCGCCAGGAGAUGGAGAACCGGGCCACGUUCCGGGAGCUGUUCAGUAGCCGGAAGGACAUGCGGGCGCUGGCCAUCGUGGUGGUCGCGUGCGCCACGCAGCGAGCGGGCGGCAUCAGCUGCAUAAUGGCCUAUUCGGCGCUCAUACUGCCGGACGAUUCGCCACUGUUGAACAAACACCAGUCGGUCAUGCUGUUCGCCAUCACGCUUGUCGUGGCCAACUUCGUGGCUGUCGGACUCGUGGACAGGGUGGGCCGGAAACCUCUGCUAUUCAUAUCCGAAGUGGGUAUGGGCGUGGUCACGCUGACGUUUGCCGUGUACUUUUUCUGCUCCCGCAGCGGCGGCGGAGAGUGGGUCGUCCGCGAGCUCUCGUGGCUGCCGUACCUUUGCCACUUGUCGUUUGCCGUCAUGUUCGCGGCGGGCGUGGGGUUCGUGCCGGUCGUGUUCCUCGGCGAAAUGUUCCCCGUCAACAUCCGGUCGCACUGUUCGGCCAUCGCUUCUAUCACUUUGGCGUUCUGCUCGUUCGUCACCAACAAGAUUUUUCUGUUCGUGUCCAAUCAUUACGGGUUCUAUGUCAUGUUCACGCUGUUUACCGUAGUCAAUUUUUCCGGCGCGUUCUACACGUACAAGUACGUCAUCGAAACGAAAGGCAAGACGUUCCAAGAGAUCCAAGAGCAGCUGCAGGAGACCGUCGGGCCCCGCCGAGAGAAGUCCGAUCAAAAUGAUAAUUAAAAACGUACAAUUUUAUAAUUAUAGGGAUAUGCAAUUCUCUGAAACACAACGCGUCGGGAAUCACGCUGAACAAUUUCCAAGACUUCCCGAGAACGUGGUGAAAUUCACGAAAUUACUAAGAAACUAAGGAAACAAAUUAUAGUUUACGCAUCUCAAAGUUAUUUAACUAAUAUAUUUCAUUUAAAUGUUCAAGUUUUUUACUAAAAUAUAAUUUUACAAGUAUUUAUACUGUAUAAGUACAAUAUAACAUAGUAUAAUUUAAAAUAUAUAUAAAAUAAAAAUUAGAUUUCAAUUGUAUAGGAUGUCUGCAUAAUAUGUAUAUAUUUUAAAAGGUACUAUAUAAUUGCCAAUAAGGGUGACCGGAUAUAAUUGUAACAGUUUUCAUGAAAUUAUUUAUUUCUGCCAAAAUUCAAAUUUGUUUUGUUUGAUUAUAUUUUUUAUUCAAUUAGUGAAGUAAGUUGUUAUCUUUAAAAACAUUAGAAUAUUAAACAUUCAGUUUCAUAGUUUGUUAAGUAAAUAUUAAUAUGAAAAAAAAAUAUGUUACAAUUGUAUUGUACCCUGUACAUGAAUAAUAUCGUAGCAGCAUCAAGAACAAAUGUAACACAUAUAAUCAUAUUUUUUGAUUUUUAUCACGUUAAAAACAUAUAACAUAAUAUAAUAAAAUAAAAUAUAACAUUAGUAAACA